UUGGAGAAAGUGGACGUUUGGAUUACUGUGGCUGAGAUACGUCACGCACCCUAUCUACAUCCCCAUACUGGUGACCCCUGAAGAACACAGUACCAAGAGGAUUUUAUCAGAAAACCGUACGUAGAAGUGUCGAGCAAAAUAGACAAAGGAAAUACCGUUAUGUCGCCCAUCACACAAGUACCGGCGGGAGUGCCUGUUCCCACUGCACCAUCCGUCACAACUGCGCCGCUCGGUUCCACAACAACAACGACUCCGUCAUCCGAAGUUUUUAGAGUCGGAGUACGACUUCCACCAUUUUGGCCGGAGGAACCCGCGAUUUGGUUCUCGCAGGUCGAGGGUCAGUUCAACAUAGCCGGCAUCACCAAUGACCUGACAAAGUUUCAUUAUGUCGUCAGCCAGUUGGAUCGACAGUUUGCAAAGGAGGUCAGGGAUAUUAUCACCAAUCCACCGGCAACUGACAAGUAUAUUAAGCUGAAGAGCGAACUCAUCAGUCGCCUGAGCGAUACCACCGAGCGACAGAUCCAGCAACUCCUGCAUCACGAAGAGCUGGGAGACCGUAAGCCGUCUCAGUUCCUGCGUCACCUGCAGGCUCUGGCAGCUAAGCGCAUAUCGGACGACGUUUUACGCAUGAUGUGGACCAACAGAUUACCCGCGAGCAUCCAAACUGUCCUCGCAGGGCAUCCAGAUGCUUCGUUGGACAUUAUCGCAGACCUUGCUGACAGGGUCCACGACAUCGGCCCACGCUGCGCUUGUUCGUCGCACGUCGCUUCUGCAGGCUCCGAGCAACCUGGCUCCAGUAGUGACGCCUUGGCAAGGGAGAUAGCUGCGCUCAGGAGAGAGGUUCGAGCCUUGAAGAUGGACCGUGAAGGAGGAAGAUCCCGCUCAAGGAAUCCCAGCCGCUCCAAAAGGCAGAGUCGUUCCAGCACCAGUUAUAGGAAAUUUCCCAUCUGCUGGUACCAUUCAAGACAUGGCGAGAACGCUAACAAGUGCGUACAACCCUGCGACUACAAGAAGUCGGGAAAUGCCAUGGGCAGUCGGUAAUGGCGACUCCUGACCGCCCUGUCACAUCGCGUCGCCUGUUUGUCACCGACAGAAGGUCGAAGCUGCAGUUUUUGGUCGACACCGGUAGCGACCUCUGCGUCUUCCCCAAGUCGUUACUGCACGAGCGUCGAGCACCGACGGGGUACAACCUGUCCGCAGCCAAUGGGACACCCAUCGAAACCUACGGUUACGCGCAUCUCAACCUGGACCUUGGACUUCGACGCGACUUUCCGUGGCGUUUUGUGGUAGCUACGGUUACUAAACCGAUUAUAGGGGCGGAUUUUCUAGCGCACUAUAAUUUAAUUGUAGAUUGUGGUGGUAAGAGGCUAGGUCGUAUUAUAGAUAACGUCACUAGUUUAUACGUUAAUGCCGUUUCUGCUGUUAAUACUAGUGAUAUAUUUUCUGUAAAGGUCAUGAACGGCAGCGAUUCCUGCUACCAUCAAAUAUUGUCACAGGAAUAUCCUGAGAUCACACGACCUGCUGGCAUACACCGCACUAUACCACACAAUACACAACACCACAUUCGCACCACUCCAGGUCCCCCGGUAUCCUGCGCUCCGAGACGUCUUGCCCCUGACAAGCUGAAGCUGGCGAGGCAGGAGUUUGAAGGUAUGUUGGCUAGCGGCACGGCACGACCAUCAGAGAGCCCUUGGUCUUCACCACUGCACCUGGCGCCUAAAAAAGAUAAUGGGUGGCGCCCCUGUGGUGAUUACCGUCAGCUCAAUGCCCGUACCGUCCCUGACAAAUACCCCAUCAGGCAUUUGCAUGAUUUUACCCACAGCAUAUCUGGUUGUAAGGUCUUUAGUACCAUUG